AUGGCAGCCAGUGAAGUGGCUGUAGGAGGGAUCUUCUUGUUACAGACUGUGGUUGGGUUUCUGGGCAAUUGUUUUCUCUUCCACCAUUAUCUAUUGCUUAACUUCAAUGGGUUUAGGCUAAGGUCCAGAUACUGGAUUGUGAUACACUUGAGUAUAGCCAACAUCUUAAUUCUGUUGUGUAAAGGAGUGCCACAGACAAUGUUGUCUUUUGGGUUAAAAGACUUCCUCAGUGACUUUGGAUGCAAAGGGACUUACUAUCUCCACAGAGUUGGCAGGGGUGUGUCCAUAGGCAGCACUACCUUCCUGAGUGUCUACCAAGCCAUCACUAUUAGCCCAUUGGAAUCCAGAUGUUCAGAGUUUAAAGGAAGACGACAAGAACAAAUUGGUUCUUCUGUUUACCUAAGUUGGAUUCUGUACAUGCUUAUCAGUAGCGUUAACCUUGUGUAUGUGAGAGCAAAAUACAUCAAGAACGACACAGCAAAUAUAAUAGAUAUGGGAUACUGUGUUACUACUGCAGAUAAAAUCAGAGACUUACUGUAUGUAGCACUGUUUUCAGUUCCUGAUUUUCUUUUUAUGGGGUUCAUGGUCUGGGCUAGCACCAUUACGGUUCUCAUACUUCAUAGGCACAAGCAGAAAAUGCAACACAUGUCCAGUGCCAAAGUAUCUUCCAGAUCAUCUCCUGAGACAAAAGCUGUCCAAACCAUCCUUCUCCUGGUGAGCACUUUUGUCUUCUUUUACACACUUUCCUGCAUCUUUAUUGUCAUUCCUUACGAUGACUCGGCCUUACCCAUCGCUGGGUCACCCUAUCGCCACCGAGCCCUGUGUCUUAGGACACUGUCUUCGAUAAUGCCCUUUACUGCCACAUUUGAAACAGAGAACUUUAUUUAUCUUACCUCCCUUAUCCGGGAACUUGUCGCUCGUCCUGAAGGUGAAGAGUUCUGA